CCUCCCUAUCUUUGUGCCCCAUUGCUCAACAGGGUUCAAGAGAUUGUCUGCCUAUCGGUCAUCAUCUAGAUCUAGCAAGAAAAAAAGGAAACCAAGUUGCGCUUAAACCAUAAAAAGAACAGAUUUCAAAAGCAACAAGAUUUAAAAAAGGAAUGACAAGCUCAUCGACGCCGCUUUCCGACUACACCACGGUCUUUCGCGCCAAGACCACGGACAGCGGCACAGUCGAGGCGACUACAUCAGCGCCGGCGCUAGACCCUUCACGCCGUCGCAUCAGGAGAAGGAACCGGCCGGCCGUGGCCUGCGAACCCUGCCGGCUUCGCAAAAAGAAGUGCGACAGGCAGCACCCGUGCCUGGGCUGCGUUGGACGCGGAGACACGUGCUACUAUGCCGCGGCCCCAGCCUUGGGCGCGACGGGCGGCGGCGUCGGUGGUAGUGGUGGUGGUGGUUCCACGAUCGCAGGGCCCAGGGGCGGAGGCUCGAUUUCCAAAGGCCAUGGUGGCGCCGGAAGCGGAGGUGGAUCCAGUAGAUACGAGGCGCAGGUCCGGCUGCAGAGAUUAGAGGACAUGGUCAGUGAGCUGAUGGGUCGUGCGCAGGGGGCAGGCAGCAGCAGCAGCAGCGGCGAGACUCCCGAGACGGCGCAGAGCAGCAGUAUCACGUCCGGCCCCUCACCCGCCUCGUCGGCCUCGCCCGCGUCGGGCCGUGCCGGCGAACUACACCCACAAAACCUCUCGGGCGUCGUCGACAUGGCGCCUCGGCCGGGUGAGCACCUGGGAGGCAACCAGGAGGGGUCGACGGCGACGCCGUUUAUCGGCGCCACGCACUGGUCCGCGUUCUUGCAACAGAUUCGCGACCUGCAGGGCUACCUCGAGCACGAGAUGGCCGAAGACGCCGCCCCACCGCCCGCGCGAACAUCCCGGACCCCGUCGCCACGACCGUCGUCGUCGGGUGGCCGGCUCGAAACCGACUUUUUGCUCGAGAGGAGGGGCGCCCGCGUGUCGAUCGACGAGAUCGUGGAUGCGCUCCCGCCGCGGACCGAGUGCGACAAACUGCUGGCGGCCUACUUUUGCAACGACUUUCUGCGCGCGCCCAUGCUGCACUCGGUGCAGUUCCAGCGCAUGUACGUCGCAUUUUGGGAGAGGCCCGAGGCCGCGAGCGUGCUCUGGGUCAGCAUGCUGUUCUCGGUGCUGUACAUGUCCUCGGGGGUGGAGUUGGCGCGGCGGGCGUCAAGGGGCCGCGACGAGGGCGCCGUCUUCCAGCCCAAGGACAUGGAGGCGUGGCCCGAGGUGGUCAAGCUCGGCGCCCUCCGCGACAUGGCGGCGCGGUGCCUCGUGUCUGGCGACUACCUCAAGGGGCCCGAGUACGCCGUCGAGGCGCUCGCGCUCUGCAGUUUCAUGCGUCUCUACAGCAUCGACGGGGAGACGGACCCGAUGCUGUGGGCCGGCGUCGGCACCGCCAUCAGGCUUGCGCAGCAUCUGGGUUACCACCGAGAUCCUCGGCACCUGUCCUCUACUGCGGCAGUCGGCGGCCGUGGUCAGGAACGCCCGGCGUUGUCUGUGUUUGCGGGAGAGAUGCGCCGGAGAACAUGGUAUGUUCUCGAAGCCUUUGACUUCCUCCUCUCCUUCCGCUACGGAGUUCCCACCGUCAUACAUGGAGACGACACCGACACCGAUGGCCCUACCAACCUGAUAGACACCGACUUUGACGAGCACACAACGGUGCUGCCGGCGGAACGGCCCAGCACUGACCCGACGAACAUGCUGUACAUCUGCUACAAGUCCAAGUCGAUCCGGCUAGCCCGCCGCCUGGUGCGCCACACCAUCCGGCAGCAGCAGCAGCAGCAUCAGGAGCAACAAGACAUAGCCUCGUCGCCAUCGUACCAGCAGACCAUGGCCCUCGACGCCGAGCUGCGCGCCCACCUCACCAACAUGCCACCGAGCCUCCGGCUCAUCCUGCCCAUCUGCGAGCACGCGCCACUGACCGAUACGCCGCCGCGCAUCAUCCAUCGCGUCGCGGCAGACCUCAUGUACCACAAGUCCGUGUGCGUCCUGCACCGCGCCUACCUGACUUGUGGCGGCGGCGGCGGAAGGUUGCCGGAUCCAAGCGUCGAGUACUCGCGCACGGCAUGCCGCGCCUCUGCGCUGCGCAUCUUAAAAGUCCAGGCCGAGAUCGAAAGGGAGAUGAGGCCCGGCGGCCGCCUGCACGGCGAGGAUUACCUGUUGGGCGGCGUCGUCAAGCACGAUUUCCUGCUUGCCGCGACCAUCAUGUGUCUGGACUUGGUCGAGUCGUCGUCUUGUGGGAGUACAAGUCUCGAUGACCAACUGGAAAAGCUCGAGGUGCUGGAGAUGACGUACGGAUUCUGGUACAGCCGCCGGCACUCAUCCCGGGACACGACGUACGCCGUCAAAGUCCUGGGUGCGAUCAUAGCCAAGGUAAAGAGGACCAACAAGGAGCUUGCUGGGUCCACGGCAAGACAAUGGCGACAGCAGCAGCAGCAACAGCAGCAGCAGCAGCCGCCGCAACCGCAGCCGCAGCAACAGGAUUCGCAGUGGCUGGCCACUAUUACAUCGUCAUUGUCACCCCCGGUGCCGUCUUCAGGACAAGCAGGGCUCGUAGCUGCCGCUCCGGAAACAUUCCACAUACAAGAUUCAAUGUAUGAUUUGCCGUUGGACGAUGACUUCCUCGCUAUAAAUGCCGAGGAUAUCGAUUGGGACAUGAUCGACUCGUUUCUUCUAGAUCGCCAGUCAACGCUUGAUCCGCGUCAAGAGUCUCAAGACUGGCUGGCUUUCGGUCCGAUAUGAGACUGGGAAAUUUACCAGCAGGAUUCAUCCUUUACCGCUGUGUAAAUCCGAACAGGGCCAUUUGUGGCCUCAUGAAUUAUAUUCUACACUCAACGUUUCUGUCUCUUGCCCUUGUCACUACCCGCAGACAGCACACUCGCACUGCGCUUGUUUCGACUUCCUGGCCUUGAGCCUCUUGACCCAGGCCGCGUGCCUGUUGUUUUAUCUUUAUCGGCAACUUCUUCGUCCUUUAUCGCCGAUACUUCCUCCUCAGUCGCCUGUCCAUUUUCGGCACUCUUCUUUUCACCAUUCAUGUACAGUUCUGCUUCGGCGCUCGCAGCCACUGUGGACUUGUCCCCAUUCGCCUCGCCACCGGCAGCAUUGUCGGCUUUACUAGAGAGUGGUUUCUCGCCGUCGGCUUUUGCAGGGGCAGUGGCUGUCUUGUCGCCGCCCUCUGUUGGAGCCUUGGCAGCAUCGGCAGCACCGUCCGUUUGGCUUGCGGCGGCACCCUGCGCCUUUUCUCUUUCCGUUUUGCGUGCCUGCUCGACCUUGAUCUCACCAUCCAGCUUGUCGAUCUGUUUCCGCAGGUCGACGAGCUGUGUGACAGUCUGUACCAACUGCUCGAACUGUGAAGUGACGGCAGCGGUCGGCAUGACGAGGCGCGCCGGUAUGUCGAGCUCGUUGAGCACGUUCGUAAUACGCUGCUGCUGUUGCAUGCUCUUGUGAGAGAAGAGUUUGUUGACCUUCUCGUUGCGGAAGGUCGGCCCAGAGCUGAGUCGGUCGUGGAAUGAAACACCGUAGACUUGCUCCUCGUGCUCGUUGAGCUUGCGCCUCUCUGUUUGGGCCGAGCCCUUCUUGCUCCCCUUCGUAGGCGCCUCGACGGGAGUGGGUUUCUCGACGGCAGAAAUAGAAUCCCUGUGAUUCCCUGCGGGGGUUGCCGCAGUGCUCUCGCGCCGGCUUUCUGUUGUGGCACUUGCGGGCUGUGCAUUCGAAGCCGCGCCUGCAGAAGCAGGAGCGGCGGUGGUUGCAGCCGCAGCCGCAGCACCGCCUGCACUCUCUGGAGCCAUGAGAGACUUGCGCUUCUUGGUCUUGUCCGCAGUCACGAUAUUCUGAAUCAAAUUGCUUAAUCCUUGGCUGGUCUUGAAACUGCUUAUGUCGGUGGUAUCCGAGGUUGGCGGAUAGUCCAGUCUGUUGUACAACUCCCUGCGCUCCUCAUUGAAUCGCUCUUGCCUGGCCAGGAUGCGCUUGACCUCGAGCAGCAAUGACUCCUCUUCUCGGGCCUCCUCCUUUGUCCUCGUAAGACAGUUGGCGGCGAACUUCUUCCUUUGCGUCUCCUGAACCGGGUCGAAUUUUAGCAUAGUUUCGUAUAGUUGGAACUCGUCGUUCGUCA